GCGCCACAAGAGUAUGACGGGGCUGUACGAACUGGUGUGGCGGGUGCUGCACGCGCUGCUCUGCCUGCACCGCACGCUCACCUCCUGGCUCCGCGUUCGGUUCGGCACCUGGAACUGGAUCUGGCGGCGCUGCUGUCGCGCCGCCUCCGCCGCGGUCCUAGCGCCGCUCGGCUUCACGCUCCGCAAGCCUCCGGCCAUCGGCAGGAACCGCCGGCACUACCGGCACCCGCGCGGGGGGCCGGGUCUGGCCUCCGCCCACCCCCGGCUGCGCUGGCGCGCGGACGGCCGUUCCCUGGACAAGCUGCCUGUGCACAUGGGCUUAGUGAUCACCGAGGAGGAGCAGGAGCCCAGCUUCUCGGACAUCGCGAGCCUCGUAGUGUGGUGUAUGGCCGUGGGCAUCUCCUACAUUAGCGUCUACGACCACCAAGGUAUUUUCAAAAGAAACAAUUCCAGACUGAUGGAUGAAAUUUUAAAACAGCAACAGGAACUUCUGGGCCUGGAUUGUUCCAAAUACUCAACAGAGUUUGCAAAUAGUAAUGACAAAGAUGAUCAAGUUUUAAAUUGCCAUUCAGCAGUGAAGGUGCUGUCCCCAGAAGAUGGAAAAGCAGAUAUUGUGAGAGCUGCUCAGGACUUUUGCCAGUUAGUAGCCCAGCAGCAAAAGAAAUCCACAGAUUUGGAUGUAGAUAUGUUAGACAGUUUACUUAGUUCAAAUGGUUUCCCUGAUCCUGAUUUAGUAUUGAAGUUUGGUCCUGUGGACAGCACAUUAGGCUUUCUUCCCUGGCACAUCAGAUUGACUGAGAUUGUCUCUUUGCCUUCCCACCUAAACAUCAGUUAUGAGGACUUUUUCUCUGCCCUUCGUCAAUAUGCAGCCUGCGAACAACGUCUGGGAAAGUAGUCAUCCCUGAUUGUGUAAUUUGAUUUCAGGCUUUUGGAGAAAAGGACCCAAGUGACUCUGAUGUUUACAAAGCACCUAUGAGACCUGUACACACCUAGUUCAUACCCUCAUAAUUUAUCAACACAUACAAAAAGUGUCUUACUUGAGAGUGAGUGAGUGUGUGUGUGUGUGUAUGCACGUGUGUAUGUAUGGAAAUAAACUUAUAAAUGGGAGAAGUAUUGGAGAAGGAAAUAUGUAGACCUGCAACUUUGUGCAAAUUAACAACGAUGUUUUAGGAGCUGAAAUUCCAGAUAUAAAGACUUCAGCCUCUAUUACUUCCCUGUUUUUGUGGGGAGAAGAGGAGGUGAUUAGAAUAGUCUUGGUUGUUGUUUGGAGAGAAGGGAGUAAUUUUUGUUCAGUCUUUCCUAGUGACCAAACUUUCAUUUUUAAGACUAAUAUAUUGCUUAUUAAGUGGAAGUAUUCUGAAUUUGAGGGUGCUUCAGAGCAGUGGAGUCCUGUGUUGCUCACAAGAUAAAAACUCUUGCUGUCAAAGCAGAGGGAAUACCUACCUUCGUAUAUCCGUCCAUUUUCAUUUCUUACUUCAUUAUAUUCAGACAGGGUGACCUAAAAGUGUCCUCUGGUAUCUCUUACCUGGUGUCUGAGUUGUGAAGAUCAUUUGAAAAAGAAUUCUUACUACACUGAAAUUUAAAUAUUGAAUUAGGCAGUCAAAAAAAAAGGUGAAUAAGUUGUAAUGUUAUAGUGAAGACAGAAAAUUUCCUUAAAGAGGAAGGACAGUUUUGAUUUUCUUUUUUGUUGGUGGGUAAUAUGCUAUCUAGUACCCAAAGUUGGUUUUAAGAAUGUUUCCAUUAACUGUUUUUUAUUUAAAAUAAGCAUUUGAGUGAAGUGAGCAAGCAGCUCUUUUCCUCAAAAGUAACCUGUUUCUUUGUGGAAUAACACCCAGGAAUUUUAUUCAGUAAAUCCCAAUGGUGACUUUGCAUAAAAGACCUUUAAAUAGGAUUAAGACCUAUAUGGUAAAGAAAAUGUUACCAAAGUCUACAAAAAUAAUUUAAUUUUACAUGUUCUCUUUUAUGACAGAGAACAGCACUGGUUCUGUUAUGUUGGAAAUAAAUAAAUGAUUUCUUGAUAGGUGUUUAAUAUUUCUCCCUCACUGCUGAUCCUUGGUGAGGAACCCUUCUUUAUAUUGAUGGACUAUUUUCAGAAAACUCUUAUCAGCACAUGUACAAUUAGCUUUCUAAAAUUGUACAUUCAGAAUGGAGUAGUAUAAAUGUGAGGUCUCAAAUUUGGAAAAAUAGGGAAGAAGACUGGAUUUGGGAAGCAUGGUCUGAAAUUGCUUGAAUUCUAAAGUUAUGAAGAAUAAAUAUUUCAGCUUUGGAUUACAGAACCCCAUUUAUGAUUUUAAAAGUACACUUGAAAUAAAAGUGAUUAAACUGAAUUUUGGUCCAGUGAUGUUACUUUACAUUUCAUAGUCUUUUUGUACACUGUAAGGCCUUUUUUUAAAGUCUUAAUUUAUUGCAAAAAUUUUUGUAUAAAGCUACAACAUAUCUAAACUGUAUCAGAGAAUUCCUCAUUUCUGUUCCCCCAGACUGGUCUAUCUUCUAUUGAGGUUUUUUUUUUUUUUUUUUCUUUGUUUAGUUUAAGGCUAAAUUUAGUUGUUCUUAACAUGGUAGGUAUAAAUGUCUCAAACAUUCUGAAAUAUCUGCAGCUUUAAUGAAUUAAAUGUAAUGAGCCUAAUUGAAGUGAAAGGAUUUAAUAUUUGUCAAACUGAAGUUAUUAGUCAAAUGAAUUACUCGUUGGGAUAUAGUACAAGAUUCUAAAGGUUUAAUAUUUGGUUUUUUUGUACUUUUCUCCUUAUGUUUCAUAACAUUGUAGACAUCCAUGCAGAUCUGUAGCCCAGGGCCCUAGUCUCUUGUAGCCCUAGAAAGGGACCUUAAAACAAGUUACUAAGGGUUUUGAAUUCAGACAGUUAUUUCAGAAUCUUCUCAUAUGGGCUCAACUGCUAGUACAAUCUCUAUAACUUGAAUGACAUUGGUCAUUCUAGAAUUCCUGCCAAAUCAUUAGAAACUGCAUUGUCAAGGCUCCCUUUGCACCUCCAAAAAGAAUUGAUGAUUUUCAAGAGAGAUACGUGUUUCUUCAUGUGUAUUGAAGGAUACUAUCUUCAAGUGGUUUCUUCUUAACACCCCCUAUAAUGGAAAAAUUACCAGAUUAAACCUACUUUAUGGAUGGCAGCUUGGAGUAUAGCAAGAAGUUAGAGGAUUUCAACUCCAUUCCCAAUUCUGGUUGUGUUUUCUUAAAAGUAAUUGAUUACUGUUAGAAAAUGUAAAAGCUGGUUUUUAAUGUGAAUAGCAAAUUCUGGCAUAUUGUGACUAAGACAUAAGAAUGCCCAUCUCAGAGAGGAAAAUAUAUUAAUGAACAGUGCCAAAUACACUGUGCAUAACUAUAAUCUCUGAAUGUAUAGUACUUAGUUUCCUCCUUUGUGAUGGUACCAUGCACAUAGUCAGUAAAAUCCUUGUGAUGUUUUAUAUGGCUGUAGACUUUGGCAACAUGUAAAUAAUGUGUACAGUGAGUUUUUAUGAUUAAGGAAUCAAAUUUAUUGAAUUUUAUUAUUGAAAAUUGAAACAACAUGUAUGAACAAAAAACAAUAAAAGAAUAUAAUCUUUUCAUGGACUAUAGUAUUAUGUGAAUGCUACAUUCUGGACAUUUAGGGGCUACAUAAAUGUAAUAAAAACCUCCUAUGGCUAGACAGCAAUACUAAUUUUUAGACAGUAUGCCCUUACUGAAAUAUAUUCUCAUUUUUACCAGUUUAAACAUUGAAAUCUUCCAUCAUUUGCUUUUUGUUAGAUAAUAGUAAAAUUCAGCUUUAUCAUUAUAGUUGUCAAAAAUUCCACACUACUUAAAAUCUGAAUUGAUUUUUACUGAUUACAGAAUUGCUAAAUUAAAAAUGUAUAUGUGUAUUCUUUUAAAAAACAAAUUGGUAGUUCUCAGACCAGAAAAUUGAAAGGUAAGCUGUGGUUUGUCUUAUGGUGCAAACAGUUUUCAGUUUCUGACUUGAAGCUCUAAUUAUAAGACCAUUGACUUUUUGUGCAUAAUUUUCAUCUAAAAUCAGGCUUAUCAAAGAUCAUAUUUUAAAUGCAUCACCAAAAAUUACUGUAGUAGAAAUUUAGGAUAGUUUGAAAUAAAAGCCAGAAAGUAAGAUUUGUGUCAAUAGUUGUGUCAAAUCCUAGUUGAUAGGCCAUAAACUAUAAUAAAUUCAGGAGAACGAGGGAGUACAAAAAGUUUGCUUAUGUUUUGAAAUAUACAUAUGCAUUAUAGGAAAAAAGGAUUCAACUAAGCAAAUAUAAAGGAAACCUCAUUGAAUACAUUUUUGGUGACAAUCCUUACAGAAAUUUUUUUGUACUUUGAUUUUAAAAAAAUGUAUCCUGUAACAAGUUUAAUAAAGAGAUUCUCUUUAAGUUAUAAAUAGAAA